AGUGUAGCACGUCUUGCCAUUGUGCCCCGACUUGAAAUAGCCUUGCCGCCUUUUGUACGUCCGUAGGCUCGUACCAGACUGUCGAGGAUAAUUAAUCAAUUUUUAUUCGUUCCAUAGAUCUAUUGAAAAACCAUACAAAAACUAUUCUAUUGUCAUUAAGCCAUCAGAUAUCAAUUAGUAAGAAGCUUGUACUAAAAAAGAAAGAGAGAGAUAAGAAGCAACGAAAGAGAAAAUCGGAAAAGAUAAAGACAUCUUUUUUUCUGUGUAAUCUUCACGAUGGGGACACGGAAAAAGUUCUUCCAUAACAAAGCUCCGGGAGAGAAGAGGAGGGGAUCAUCGAAAUUUAAGGGGAGGGAAUAUUCCGGGACGUGCAACGCACUCUAGCGUCCGUACAUCAAAUUAAGCUUCUACCAAGAGGAAUCUCCUCCAAGAGGAAGUCGUGUACUUUUGCGUCCUAGGACGGACGAGCCGUGAUACAACAUACAUAUCGCGUUCGGAAGAGUUACUUUCCCUGUCAUUCUUCCAUUACGUAAAUACGCUGGGUGACAAUCGUGAAUGAUGGGGAAGACGAAGACGGGCAAGGCCGCCGUUAUAUGCACGGCGGUGGCGUUCGUUCUGGUGGUGAUCGCAUUCACCACACCCAAUUGGCUGGAAACCGACGGAAAAUUGGAUAAUCCGCAAUUCGUCAAGAUCGGUUUGUGGCAGGUAUGUUUCCAAGGAUUCCAGGAUCCACGACAUCUCUAUGAUACAAGAUUUUAUGGCUGUUGGUGGGUGUUUGAGGAGGAGUAUUACAUCAUACACGACAUACUUCUGCCUGAUUUUUUCGUCGCCACGCAAUUCUUCUUCACAUUGUGCCUGACCCUGCUUCUGAUAGGAAGUUUCUUAACUAUUUUGUAUAGCUGUUGCUCUCGUUAUCAUGACAAAUAUCAGCUACUCCUUUGGGCGACCGGUGGAAAUUUAACUCUUGCGGGAGUAUGUGGCGUGAUAUCGGUGAUUAUAUUCGGUGCCAGAGGCGACGGACGAGACUGGAUGCCCAAUUGGGAGCACAAUGACAUAAGCUGGUCCUUUGCCCUAGCUGUGGUGGGUAGUGUUACUCUGAUAGCCGCCGGUAUUCUGUUUCUGAUCGAGGGACGUAGACAUCGAAAGAAGCAAGAGCGAAUAUUGAACGAAGAACAAAAAACGCACACGACUAUUUAGCACAUUUUUACAUCAUAAUCUAACGCGGAUGAUGAAUAUUGACAAUAUCAAAGAAUCGCGUAAACAUAAAUUUUAUUCAUAUAUCACGGAUAAA